AUGGUGGACUGGUAUCGGGUAUCAGUUGCAGGCCAUGGCGAGGCUGCAGUUGUGGGCUUUGUAGCGGAUGUAGUUGCUGACGUUUCCGUUGAUAUAGUUGUUGCUAUUUCAGUAGAUGUAGUUUUUGAUGUUUCUGUAAAUGAAGUUGUUGGUAUUUCAGAAGAUGUAGUUGCUGUUGUUGUUCUUGUGGAUGUUGUUGUUGGGGUUGCAGUUAAUGUCGUUGUUAGUAUUUUAGUGGAUGGUGUUGUUGGUAUUCCAGUGGGUGAUUUUGUUGGUAUUGCUGUAGAUGUCAACCAACCCAAAUUUGUUGCAGGAUUUGUUGGCCUUGCUGAAGUUGAAGUUGUGUACUUUGUAGUUGAUAUUGCUGUUGGUCCUGCAGUUGAUGUUGGUCUUGUCUUGAAUAUAGUUGUUCGUCUUUCAGCGGAUGUUGAUUUUGGACUUUCAGUGGAUGCUGUUGUUGGUCUUGCAGUUGUUGUUGUUAUUAGUCUUGAAGUGGAUGUUUCCCAACCCAAGCUUGUUGAUGGAUAUGUAGGCCACGAUGAUGUUGUAGUUGUACACUUUGUAGUGGAUUUUCUUGUUGGUCUCACAGUUGAUGUUGUUGUUGGUCUCACAGUGGAUGUAGUGAUUGACUUUGCAGGGGAUGUAGUUGUAGAUUUUUCUGUUGAUGAUGUUGUUGACCUUGUUGUGUUUUUAAUUAUGUGCCUUGUGGUCGAUGUUAUUGUUGGCAGAGUUCCGUUUGUAGUGGUUGUUCCUUCGGUUCUGGUUGUAGUGGGUGAUGGUCGCUGCAGCCGCCUUUCCAUUGCCACUGCAGCACAAACUGGUUACACUCCAUCCCCAGUGGCACCUCAAGAUUGA